CAACCAGGGCCCCGUUUCAUCAAAAUUUGCGAUGCGAUAUUAUCGCCGAUCGCCGAUUGCUGAUCUUUUACCUGCGAUUGCGAUAUUUUUUAAAAAGCGUUUCAUCAAACAUAUCGCAGAUUCUUGCCGGUAGUUUGCCGGUAGUUUAGUGCUAUGAGCGAUAAUCGCUCACAGUCUACUAUCAAAAUGACGUAAAAAACGGGCACCUGCUGAAUCUCGCGCCACCUGUCAUAUUUGACAGACGAUCAAACAACAACAAUGGCAGAUCUCGUAGAGAAUAGGAGCGCCUCUUGGCAGCCAAGAGAACUCGAGGAACUGCUCGAGGGCGUCAAACAAAAUUAUGAAGUGUUGUGGGGCAAAUUGUCCGGCACAUUAUCAAAGAAAGACAAAGACCGUGCAUGGUCGGACAUCGUCCAAUCAAUAAAUUCCGUAGGGGAACGAGAGGAACGUAGAAGAUUCAAUGAAAAAGUGGUGUGAUUGGAAGAGCCGGACCAUUAUGAAGGAUGCCAAGAGAAGACGCUUUGUGGAAAGCUCUGGGGAGGCAGCUCUUCCAAAAAAAAUGCAAUUAACUGUUUUGGAGGAUAAGCUAUUGUCCUUAGUGCCCAAAACAAAGCUGUUCGGAGUGCAAGGUGGAGGGAUCGAUACCGGUCCACUCAAGAGAUCCAUGCAAGAAAAUGAUAACCUAGACAAAGGAGAGGAAAAUAAACGCCUCAAGCAGAACGUUCCAAGUGAGCCUGUUCCCAUUCAAACAAGCUCCAAAAGCACUGCCAGCAUCCCUGCCAGCAACAGCAACAGGAAGACAAGUAUGAAGGAUUGUGAUUGUCAUCAGGAAAUGAUUGACAUAUCUCGGCAAAUGCUAGAGGAGAGUGUAAAGCGGAAUGAAAUACUGCGGGACAUAAGUUCAACACUAAAAUUAACAGCUGGCAAAGCUUUCCUGGACAACUUGUUGGAUCCCACAAAUUUUUAAAAGCGGGGGCCAUAGACAAAACUAGUCUAUAAAAAGUGUGUUAAUUAUGUUUAAAAAAAUAACACCCCAUGAUAUACAUUUUGCUGUUAUUUCUACCUUGUUUAAAGGGACCUAUUCACAGAUUUAUGCAACUACUGAAGUUUGUCAUUAAAUGCUUUAAAUUAAUAAAUGUAAACAUUGGAACUAAAUAGCUCCAUAAAAAAAGUGAAUACAUGUACAAUUAAAGAAAAAAAGUUAAACUCAACUGGGCUCGAACCACUGACCCUUGGAAUAAGAGUCUAGCAUUUUAGACCACUCGUUCAUCCAUGCUAUUACAGUGAGUGGUAUAUGUUAUACAUGUACUUCAUAUAAAAAAUCCUUGUAGUGUCACAAAAUAUAACGAUAACAACAGAACUUUCCAAAUUAUUCAAUCAUUUUGCAUUUGUAAUGCUGUAUUAUUUUCAGGUUAUUAAAUUGUCAAAAGAUGCAUAUACCGGAUAUUUUGGAGCAUGGUAAAUGUUCAGAAUUACUGUUAUUCUUAUUUGUAAAUGCUAUAAACAUAACUAUCAUAUUGUUUUAAUGUUGUACACAAUGUUUAUAAGUUAAUCUCAUGUAUAAACUUAAUUGUUUUGUCUCUUUUAACUGUACAGUACAUUGUUUUACUGUUAAAUUUUUAUGUGGCCCUAUAAAGGUGACCGUUUGGCGACAAAAUAUUCAUUACCCCUAUCCUGUAAAUAUUAUUUUUAAAUUUCCUUUUAGAUAUUGUCAUAACGCCACCCUGGGAGGUCAUCGCUUCUCAAUAGCCCUAUAUCCUUUAAGGUACUUUACAGACAGGGUCUUAGGUUGCAAGAGUUCAACAUUUGCUGUCACACUCAAAUAUAUUCCAAAAUAAAAUAAAAAUGCAAUUAUACAUCAUAUUUUCAUAUAAAUGUGCAAUCCUUUAAAAACAUAGAGCUAAUUAAGUAAGAUCCAGCUUCUCAACCAAUUAAUGUCCAACAAGUUGUAUAUUUUCCCAUUGUUUAAUAUUAAUAAUAAUAACAUUUUAUUACUAUAGUGCAAGACAUGUGUUUCUUUCAAUUGUCCAUUUCCAUAUUCUUUAUAUAACACUCAUUCCUUUAAAAGUGCAAUAAUGUUUACAUCCUAAAUGAAAAGGCGUGUGAACUAGGUCAUGGUUCAAUUUCGACCAAUCAGCGCCAACUUUUAUGGUCAAUGCCGUUUUAGCAAGUGGGGUAAAACCAGUACUUACCGAAACCGCCCUUAUAGUAUUCAAUGCAUUCUUAUGUAUAUAACGCUUUUUAACAUUUUAGUUAAAUGUAAAUGCAAUGUUAGGUAAGCACAGAUUUUUAUGCCCCCCCUUCGAAGAAGAGGGGGUAUAUUGUUUUGCGCAUGUCGGUAGGUCGGUCGUCUGUCCGUCCGUCCACCAGAUGGUUUCCAGAUGAUAACUCAAGAACGCUUACGCGUAGGAUCAUGAAACUUUGUAGGUACAUUGAUUAUGACUCACUGAUGACCCCUAUUUAUUUUCAGGUCACUAGGUCAAGGUAACGGUGACUCGAACCAGUAAAUUGGUUUCGGGAUGAUAACUCAAGAAAGUGUACGCCUAUGAUCAUGAAACUUAAUAUGUACAUUGAUCAUGAUUUGUAGAUGACCCCUUUUGAUUUCCAGGUCACUAGGUCAAAGGUCAAGGUCACGGUGACUUGACACAGUAAAAUGGUUUCUGAAUGAUAACUCAAGAAAGCUAACGUUUAGGAUCAUGAAACUUCAUAGGUACAUUGAUCAUGAUUUGUAGAUGACCCCUUUUGAUAUCCAGGUCACUAGGUCAAAGGUCAAUGUCACGGUGACUUGACACAGUAAAAUGGUUUCUGAAUGAUAACUCAAGAAAGCUAACGUUUAGGAUCAUGAAACUUCAUAGGUACAUUGAUCAUGACUUGCAGAUGACCCCUAUUGAUUUUCAAUUCACUAGGUCAAAGGUCAAGUUCACAGUGACAAAACAAAAAUGAGAAAUAGAACUUAUAAAAUAGGAGAAUAAACUGAGUAUGUUUUAACAUGAUGUAUGUAUAUUUUUAAAUGUUGGACUUUUGUUGGAAAUGUUGGAAAUAAAGUGUGUAUACUUUGUAAAUAAACUGUAGUAGUAGAAACAAA